AUGAACUCCUUUGGAUUCACCAGCAUGCACCCAACUACCGGCUUCAACCAGCCUGGGCUCGCGGCCGCUCCGCCUCCGACGCAGCCUUCGGGCUUUGCCGCCGCAACCAAUGGCACGACUUCUGGUUUCCCACCAGCUCUCGCACAACCGACGGGCUUUUCGGCCGGUUUCAACUCUGCACCUGAUGGCAAGCCAACUGGAUUUGCAGCUCCUAACAACAACAACAAUCAGACAGGCUCUUAUCCGGUCUCUACCUCGACGAUUGCCACAGAGGCUCCAAAGCUGGCCUUCGCCUCAGGAGGCUUUUCGGCGGUCAACAACAAUCAGCCGAGCUUCGGAUUCGCCGCUCCACCUUCGGCAGCCCCCGUGGAAGCCCCGAAGCCUAGCUUCAGCUCCGGUGGUUUUGCGGCUCCAAACAACAGCCAGCCAAGUCUUGGGUUUACGGCUCCGCCAACCACCGCCGCCUCUGUGGAUGCCCCGAAGCCGGUCUUUAGUUCUGGAGGCUUUGCGGCUAUGAACACCGGUCAGCCGAGCCUUGGGUUUGCAGCUCCGUCACCCGCCGCUCCCAUGGAAGCCCCGAAGUCGGCCUUCAGCGCUGGAGGUUUCGCGACUACGAACACCAAUCAGCCAAGCUUUGGAUUUGCUGCGAACCAGAAUGUCGGACAGGCUGCCGGCCUAGGCGCGAUCCCUGGCGGCGGCAUUGCAUCCGGUGGCGCUGGCGGGCUUGGCGCAGUUCCCGUUACUUCCCAGGUUUCUGGCUUCAACACGGCCACUGAUAGCAAGCCUUCCGGUUUCUCGGCUGCAGCGCCUACUAUGCAAUCAACGGGCUUCACUGCCUCGCCUGACGUCAAGCCAUCUGGUUUCGCGGCCCCACCUACGUCAACUGUCUUGGACGCAGCGAAGUCUGGCUUCAGCUCUGGAGGUUUUUCGGCUCCCAACAACAUCCCGCCAAGCUCUGGCAUGUCGGCCCCGCCAUCCGCUGCGCCCUCCGAGGCACCGAAGUCUGGCUUCAGCUCUGGAGGCUUUGCUGCUCCCAACAACAACCCGCCGACCUCUGGCUUUGCCGCAACUUCGAUCAAUGGUCAGCCCGCCGGUUUCGCAGCGACUGCACAGCCUUCUGGCUUCAGCACGGCUCCAAGCGUCACCUUGCCCGUCGAGGCCCCGAAGUCUGCCUUCAGCUCCGUUGGAUUUGGAGCUCCGAGCAGCAUUCAGCCGACCUCUGGUUUUGCGGCCCCACCACCCGCCGCGCCCUCGGAAGCUCCGAAGUCCGCCUUCAGCUCUGUUGGAUUUGGCGCUCCAAGCAACAAUCAGCCGAGUUCCGGCUUUUCGGCCCUACCAGCUGCAACGCCCUCGGAAGCCCCGAAGUCUGGCUUCGGUGCUGGUGGCUUUGCGACUGUCAGCAACAACCAGCCGAGCUCUGGCUUUUCAUCCGCGCCCGUCGAAGCUCCAAAGUCUGGAUUCAGUUCUGUUGGAUUUGGCGCCGCAAGCAACAAUCAGCCAAGUUCCGGUUUUUCGGCUCCACCAUCCGCUGCACCCUCGGAGGCCCCGAAGUCUGGCUUCGGUGCUGGUGGCUUUGCGGCUGCAAGCAACAACCAGCCGAGCUCUGGCUUUUCGUCCCGACCAUCCGCAGCGCCCUCGGAAGCUCCAAAAUCUGGCUUCGGAGCUGGUGGCUUUGCGGCUCCCGCCACGAAUCAAUCGAAUUCUGGUUUUUCGGCGACUCCGAGCAGUGGUCAAUCGUCUGGCUUUGGCGCUGGAGGCUUCGGCGCGUCUGCUUCGAAGACCUCGGCGUUCGGUGCCAGCGCAUUUGGAAAAGCUGAAGCCCCUAAAGAGAAUACGAGCGGAGGCUUCGCAUCCGGUGGCUCUGCCUUUGGUGCUGGCGGCUUCGGUGCUGCUAGUGGCCAGACCUCUUCCUUCGGAGCCGGCGGGUUCGGGCAGAGUGGCGGCUUUGGUGGCGACUCGAAGCCUGGAGCGGAGCGUCCUCGAGGUUGCUUCAACUGCGGCCAAGACGGACAUCGAAGCGCCGAUUGUACCGAGCCGAAGAAGCCACGCGGUUGCUUCAAUUGCGGCGAGGAAGGUCAUCGUGGAAGUGACUGCCCGCAUCCGCGCAAACCUCGUGAGGGUGGCGGCUCCAACGUUUGCUUCAAUUGUCAGCAAGAGGGCCAUCGCAGUGCCGAUUGCACUGAGCCUAAGAAAGUUCGUGAGGGCGGCAACGGCUGCUUCAAUUGCGGCCAGGAUGGUCAUCGCAGUGCUGAUUGCACAGAACCGCGUAAGCCCCGUGAUGAUGGUGCCCCUGGGCCCGUCACUUACGUACCCGAACAUUUGGCUGCGGAAGAGCUUUUUAAGCUACAAAUGGAUACCGGCUCGCGUUUUUCCGAGCUUUUCAACUCUGAUGUGACCUGUACUUCCAUGGGAUGCGCCAUCAAUCUGCAGCCCUAUACCUCCUUCAACGACCUGCACCUCACCUCAACUGUCCAAGCCAACCUGGAAAAAGCUGGCUACGCGAAACCAACUCCCGUUCAGCAAUAUGCUAUGCCGAUCAUCGACCAGGGCCUCGACCUGAUGGCCUGUGCUCAGACUGGAUCUGGUAAAACGGCCGCUUUCUUGCUCCCUAUCAUCAACAAACUUCUGAAGGAUAAUGACCUCGCCGGAUCAGGACCGUGUGCCGCUCCCCGUUGCAUUAUUAUCGCCCCCACCCGCGAACUUGCCGUGCAGAUAUACAACGAAGGGCGAAAGUUCACUCUGGGGACCGUGCUCAAGGUGGAAUGCAUCUACGGCGGAACGCAAGUCGGCUUUGCAAGGAGCCGCAUGGAAAUGGGUCCGAGUAUUGUGGUCGGCACGAUGGGUCGCAUGAUGCAUUUUAUUGAAUCGAACAUCAUCUCACUCGCUGAAGUGCGCUGGGUUGUUAUCGACGAGGCUGAUCGGAUGCUUGAUACCGGAAGCUUCCAGGAAGACGUCAGGCGGAUGCUUGGCAGCGGACCCCCGAAAGAGAAACGUCGCACGUUGAUGUUUUCGGCUACAUUCCCGGAGGAAGUGCAGAACGUCGCCAAAGAAAAUCUUCGACCGGAAUUCGCGCUGCUCGCCGUCGACCAAAUUGGUUCGGCCAACAAGUGUAUCACCCAGGCGUUCAUCGAAGUUCCGGACCGUACACAGAAGCGAGAGAAGCUAUUGGAGUUGCUCCAGUUCGACCUCGGCAAAUACAAGAUCAAUGGCGAGAGCGACAUCUUCAAACAAAAGACGUUGGUGUUCGUUAACCGCAAGACGCUCGCUGACCAACUGGGCAUCUUCUUCUCCGAACAUGGCUUGGCUUCGACUACGAUGCAUGGUGACCGCGACCAGAAGCAGCGCAAUGAGGCUCUUUCCGAUUUCCGCAUGGGCCGCAAGCCAGUCCUGAUCGCCACUGCCGUCGCUGAACGCGGUCUCGACAUCCAGGGUGUGGAUCACGUGAUCAACUACGACCUACCAGACAGCAAGGAAGACUACGUGCACCGUAUUGGUCGCACUGGACGUGUCGGCAACCCGGGACGUGCUACUUCCUUCUUCGACCAGUCGGACAGCAACGACUUGGCCCUGGCCCCUCAUCUGGUUACCGUGCUUGCCCAAGCUGAGCAAGUUGUACCGGAAUGGCUGAAGGUCGCUGGAGGUGCCGGCAUGCCUGGAAGUGGAUUUGGGUCGAGCGUGCCCACAGCCGCGGAUGAUGAAGAAUGGGACCGUGUACGGCGGGCCGCGGCGGUGAAGGCAGCUAGCCUGAAUAAACAGAUCGCUCGGAAGGAACGCCAAAAGUAUACGUGGCAAAAGCGGCGUGUGCACAACGUGUCCAAGGAGACCAGCAUCUGCUCGAACCAGUCGAAGGCCUCGGCCGCUACCAGCGAUACUGGCAGCGUUGAUGUGGUACCCGUGGACGGAAAUGCCUCACUUGAUCUGGUAAUUUACACAAAAGUCUUGACUAGGAAUUCCGAAGCGAAUUCUAAU